AUGAAAAUUAAUAAUUUUUUAACCGUUUUUAUCUUCAACUGGUUAUUAUGGACUUUUGUUAAAACUUCUUCAAUUGAAGAAUGUUCUGAAAAGGAUUACACGGAAAAAGAUUCGAUUAUUAUAUUAAAUGAGGGGGCCGAAUCGUCGGCCAAUCCUCAAGUUCAAGAAUUUAAAGAAACGUUAGCAAAAGAGGAUCAGGAUAGUAAUAGUCGACGAGUGCUUAACAAAAGAAAAUAUAAUAAAAAAUAUCGCCAGAAAAAUAAAGAAAAAGUACUUGAAAAAAACCGAAAUUACUAUGAGAAUAAUAAAGAAUAUUUUCGAAAUUACCGAAAACAAAAUAUUGAAAAGAUAAAUGAGAAUCACCGAAAUUAUUAUAAAAUGAAUGAUAAAAAGUGUUGUGAAUAUAAUAAAAUUUACUACCAAAAGAAUAAAGAAAACUGGAAUGUAUACCAGCGAAAUUACAGGCAAAAGAAGAAAAAUGAUAAUUCAGAAUUGAGUAAGGUCCAAUCUGAUAAUAAUAAAGGAAAUUCAUUUGUCAAUCCUCAGAGUGGUGAUUUUAUUAAUAAAGGUAAAAUGUCUAUUGUUCGCGAGGAGAGUUUUGGGGAAGUACGUCCAAAUAAAGGGAAGGAAGAAUGCAAUAAUGGCGAGGAUAAGCAAAAUCAAAUCGAGGUAGAAGAGCCAAAUAAAAUUCUUGAAAAUGACAAAAUAGAUUUAAAUAAGACAAUUUAUUCAUAUGAUUUAAAUGAGAAACCUGAGGAUGAAGAAUGA